ACACGCCACGCCCCUCUCGCCUCUUACCUGUGUUGGCCGCGCGCGCGAGAGAGAGGCGCGUUCCUAACAGUCACGUGAGGCUCGCGGUCGAGGAGCGCCCGACCCUCGUGCGGCGGGAAGUGUUUGGGAUCACUUCCGGGUCAGAGGGGGAAGCUACUUCCGGGUCGUGUGUUUUUAUUUAUGUAAUUUAAUUUAUUCUGUUUGAUUGCCUUGGAAGCGAUGCUUUUACGGACGGCGCUCGGAGGGGCUCGCUUCCUGCCGCCGCCUCGAGGAAGAGCCUCCUCUCUGGGCCAGCAAUGUUUCCGAUGGUGGCAACUUCCCCAAAGACGGACACAACACAGUAUUGUAUCAGAAGUGGCUUCUCAUGCCAGAGUGACGGUACCACCUGUCCCCAAUGCUGUGGCAAAUCGGGCUGUAGGACGCUGGCUCUUAAUCUGCAGUGGCACUGUAGCUGGGGCUGUGGUGCUUGGUGGCAUUACUCGGCUGACAGAAUCUGGACUUUCAAUGGUUGACUGGCACUUGGUACGGGAGAUGAAGCCUCCUCAGACACAGCAAGAAUGGGAAGCAGAAUUCCAAAAGUAUCAGCAGUUCCCAGAAUUUAAAAUCCUAAACCAUGACAUGACACUGACAGAGUUCAAAUUCAUCUGGUACAUGGAAUAUUCACACCGUAUGUGGGGAAGGCUUGUUGGAUUGGCUUACAUCCUUCCAGCAGCUUACUUUUGGAGGAAAGGCUAUCUGAACCGGUCCCUGAAGGGUCGAGUCCUUGCCCUCUGUGGGUUUGUUUGUUUCCAGGGGCUCUUGGGCUGGUACAUGGUAAAAAGUGGACUGGAGGAAAAGCCAGACUCUCAUGAUAUCCCUCGCGUUAGCCAGUACCGUCUAGCUGCACACCUGGGAUCUGCACUUGUUCUUUAUUGCUAUAGCUUGUGGACUGGACUAUCAUUACUACUGCCACAGCACAAGUUACCUGAAACUCGCCAUCUCCUACACUUAAGAAGGUUUGCUCAUGGAACAGCAGGUCUUAUCUUUCUCACUGCACUUUCAGGGGCAUUUGUGGCAGGACUGGAUGCUGGACUUGUAUACAAUUCCUUUCCCAAGAUGGGGGAACGUUGGAUUCCUGAUGACCUCCUUGCCUUUUCUCCAGUGCUAAAGAAUGCAUUUGAGAAUCCCACAACUGUACAGUUUGAUCACAGAAUUCUGGGAGUUUCUUCUGUCACAGCCAUCACAGCUCUCUACCUGUUUGCUAAGAAAGUUCCUCUCCCACGGAGGACUAGAAUGGCAGUUGCUUCUUUAAUGGCUGUAGCAUACCUCCAGGUCACCUUGGGCAUCAGCACACUACUUCUUUAUGUUCCAACACCUUUAGCAGCCACUCACCAGUCAGGUUCCUUGGUAUUGCUCAGUGUGGCCCUGUGGCUGAUGCAUGAACUUAGGCGAGUCCCUAAGUAGUCCUGCUUUCUUUAGCCAGGUGCUGAGGAGUCAGUUGCUGCCUUGCUACAUGUGCCACAGCUGGACAAAGGCCUGGACAAAAAGAAGAUAUUGAAGAGCAGCAUCUUAACUUCCUGAUGUGGAGUGUUUUGAGGAACAGGGGCCACCAUCUGUUGAGUUAUCCUUUGCUAGGGUGUGAGGCAGAUAAGACUGUCUCUGGUAAGAACUACUAAUGUUUCAGAUGCAUUUCAGAUUCUACUGGGCCAUCUCUGUGAAGCUGCAGCUGCAGUCUAAUUUUGGUGGAGUCUCUUCCUUAGGGGUGGGUAACCUAUAGCCCUCCAGAUGCCCUUAGACUGCAUCUUCUAUCCCUAUGCUAACUGAGGGUGGUAAGAGCUGCAGUUCACCAACAUACAGAGAUGUUCUCCACCUUUGCUUGAUUCCUACAUUUGUGAAGGAUAAAAUACAACAGAAUUAGUAUACAUUGGGAUUGUAUCCCCAGAAUUGUUGAUGAACAACAGGUGGCUACAUUUUUAAAACUUACAGCGGUGGUGGGGCAGGCUUACUGUAUAUCAUGGAUUUUCUGUAAGAAUAUACCCCCGAUUUCUUUAACUAGAAUUUUAUGAAUAUAUUAAUAAUGUAAUGCAGUUGGUGAACAUACCUUUAUUUAAUAAAAAGCUUGUCCAUUAUUAAUCUUA